CUGACCUCGAACCUCAAGUUGCUUCUGGUCUCGAAUCGAACAUGACUCGGUGACAUGCGGUCGAAGCCCUGCGUCGACUCUGAGAUCACGUACAAGCUCUUUUCACUAGCUUCACUCGACGCCAUGAUCGAGUCCAGCAUAACGGCUUUGACGACAAAACACUACCAGCGACUAUGGCGGACGUGACAGAGCUGAGAUGCUGGCCGUCUUGCGUUGACGCACUUGACUGGUCGCAAGACAACAUCAUCGCAUUAGCUUCUGACGAGCGCAUCGAGCUUCUGUUUCCAAAUACUGUGUCUUACGAGCGAGACAACGACGUUCCACAGUGGCAGCAUGUCCCGCUUCAGGUGCCCUGGUUCUCCAACGACGAGCUGCCAGUCAAGGAUCCUGCACCGUUGUCAAACUUCUCGAUCGGCGAGGAGAUAUCGCCGAGUGUGCCAAUUGCGAUAGCCUGGUCACCGCCCGGUCUUGCUAAGUAUCGGCGAUGUGCUCUCGCAGUGCUCACCUCGAACCUGGUGCUCUCAAUCUGGUCAGCUGAAGGCAAGCUCCAAGAAGAGUCGAGCUGGAACCGGAGGCUUCUGGUCAACAAUGCACUCACCGACUACUUCUCCAAUAGGGCGACUGCACAGUCCAGCUAUGUUGUCUCCAGUGCUGAGGAACAAAUACGACUGAGGACUCGCAUUCGAGCCUCUACAUGGGCACCGGCUUUGCCUAGCACGACCGAUACCAUGGGAACACAGACAUCGUACGGCCCGCAGUACCUCGCCGUAGCAAACGACGACAACCAGCUUGUGUUCUUGACAGUGGAAUCGCCGACAUCUGCUCUCGGUUCAUUGCGGAGCUGGAAAGCAGAUGUGCUGACUCAUAUGUCCCUUGAGCCGGAAGAGACAAGCACAUUCACAGAUCCUCUGUUCUUUGAUGAUUUGAUGAAGCAGCAGAGGUUCAUCUCGCAUGUCGCCUGGAGUCCCUGGACUAUGCGAGGAGAUUACUACCAAUCUGUUAUUGUCUAUGCGACCAACGAAGAGGUGAGAGGACGGCUGGUCACCUAUAAUAACGAUCACAUUACGCUGGGUGCCGAAGUCUUCUAUCCGGGGAUAAGUUUACGUCAUAGUGGUCCUGUAUCCUGGUGUCCAAAGAUCGGUGAUGACCACAAGCUCAAAUUGGCUUUGUUCACGAUGUCAGGGCUAGUCUACUUGACUAUCUCGGGUGAAGAUGCAUCAAUCUUAGACAAGACCUCGCACGAUCUGGACGGUCGUUGGGAUCAGGUGUCGGGUGCAGUCUGGGACUACGAGAAACAUCCUUCACCCCGCUUGCACUUCAGCUCGUUACUAUCGACCGUACAAUCUCCGACUGCUGUGUUGGAGACAUCGUCUGGUGCUUUGAAGAGCGCCAAAGCUCCCAACUGGAAGGAAAAGAUCGAGAACAGCAUGGUUCUUUUCAGUGUCAAGAACGAUCUGAAGGGACACAGCAAGACGAAAGUAUGGGGUCUCACACCCUCUCCUCUGGGGGACUUCAUCGCUGCAUGCAACAGUCUGCAUCCCUCUGACUCGAUCGAGUACGGUCCACCUGCAGAUCGGCGGGGAACUGUCGCACUUAGCACCUUGCGACAGUACAGCAAGAUUCGCGAAAGCUUUCCAUCCCGGAACACAACCGCAGAAGGUGUGUUUUUCACGUUGAAGAAGCUAGUAGAGAAUACUGUCGAGGAUGCCGAUCAGAUGCCGGCAUUCGCGGAAGAAGCUGUCGGCAAGCUGUUGCAGGCCUAUGGGCCUAUCGCUGCCUCUGAAAGUGACGUUCUUACAAUUGGGAUGACCGAUCUUAAAGAGCUCGUCAAGAGUCUCAAAAUUGCCGCAAUGUUAAACGGGAACACAUUGAGGGAUCGCUUUAGCAUCCUGGUGUCACAUGCUUGCAACGACGCAUCCUCGAACGAGCUUGCAAGGACACUCAUCUCCUAUCGACUCGCUACAGUACUACAGAAGCUGUCUUCAACGUUAUCUAAAACGCCGUUCAGCGCGGAGAUAUUACUACAUCACAGACAGUUGGUUGCUUUGAUUGAUGGUCUCUUUCUCCCUGACGACGCGGAAACUGAGACUACAAAAGGGGCUGGGACAAAGAGAUUGGCAGAGCAGUCAGCCCCCAGAACAGAUCAUGACGCCAUGGACACCAAUUCUGCUCCAGAGAACAACACCUCGAGCUCGACUGGCCAAGAACUAUCCACGAAUAGGUCGGGCCCCGAUACUGCGGUCGCUGCAACAGAUCAGUGUGACUUCUGCUCAGCGCCUAUCCCCUUUACGGACUUAACAACCGCCACCUGCACGAAUGGCCAUGCCUUUCCGCGCUGCGGUGUCAGCUUACUGGCGAUCCAAGCUCCAGGUGUUACGAAGUAUUGCGGUAUCUGCAGCACGCCGUUUCUGAGUGAGGAGUUUGUGCGGGCGCAGGAAGCAACUCAAGACGAAGCGGAACCGCCAGUGACGCUUUCGCGGGUGCUAUUUCAGGCUUGCGAUGUGUGCAUCUACUGCGGAGGAAAGUUUGUUGGCUGAAAGAAGCGAAGCUUCAAUGCGCUCGUGGAGGCAAUGGAACGAUCUGCAGGGAGGCCACCUAUCCAUAGGAUUGACAACUUGGCAUCGUCAGACAGACACUGAAACACAUUGCACGUGGUGCAUAUUGUUGGAUAAAUAAGA